GCACAUGCCGUGGUCGGAAAAUGUGACGUUUGACACGGUAACACAUUUUCCGGAAAAAAAUCAAUAUUUCUUCCGCUUGGCCCGCUGCCGAACUUUAAAAUUAUAAAACUAGCGGCAGUCGAGUCCGAAAAUGAUAUGGAUGGUCCAACUUUGGCUGUACCGGAGUUGCCUUACGCUGUACCUUGUCGGCACCGUUUUAAGCGAAUUAGGUAAUCCUUAUCAAAUACUGGGCGUCCAUCGUAAGGCCUCGCAGCAAGAGAUACGCCAAGCGUACAAGCAGCUUGUCAAAGAAUGGCACCCCGAUAAAUCCAAAGAAUUAGACGCCGAGUCGCGUUUCGUCGAGAUCAAACAAGCAUACGAGCUCCUGUCGGACUCGGAUCGAAGGAGACUUUACGACCAACAAGGUAUUACGGACGAGGAUGCCCACAAAAAACCCGAAAGAUCCACGUUCUUCACAUCGAGCCCUUUAGACGACUUAUUCUCACAUCACGGGGGAUAUUUCAACUUCCAAGAAAAUGACAUUGUUUUCUUCCACAAGUUGUCGAUUACUACUCGGCAGUACGACAAAAUUGUGGUACCGAAGAGUGAAAAGACUCCUCACCUCAUCUACUUCUAUUCGGAUUUUUGCUUCCCGUGCCUGCAAACUGCCCCAUACUGCCGUAAACUGCUCGAAUAUUUGGAACCAUUAGGGAUUAAUUUCGUCACAGUGCAUUCAGGCCGCGAACCUAACCUCAACCGGCGCCUUAGUAUCCAUGCACUGCCUUGUUUGGUACUUCUGUUAGAUGGUAAUGUUUAUGUGUACAAAGAAACCCUCACGAGUGUGCCAAAGAUUGUGGCAUUUAUCAAGAGCAAACUGCCAUAUAAGUUAGUGCCGAGGAUCAAUAAGGGUGAUUUAGACACCUUCCUUGAUGGUUGGAAGGAUAAUCGAGUGCGCGGUUUGAUCUUCGAGCCGCGGCCGAAUUUGAGAUUACGAUACCUCAUCGCGGCUUACCAUUUUAGACAUCGGGUGGCGUUUGCGUUCGUCGAUUCAGACGAAAUCCGGCUCAAGUACGGCGUCCCGCGCGAUAUGGACACCGUGAUGUUGUUCAAUGAGAACACCAGUACCCCUGUGGCUAAAGUUACCUUGCCUGACAUACCGAUGAUCCGGCUGCACGAUGUCAUAGUAUCAAAUCAGUACCUGGCUUUGCCUAGGUUGUCAUCGCAGCGAGUCCUAGAAGCGCUCUGUCCUUGCGAAUGGCACAAGCCGCGAAAAAGGCUGUGUGUUGUACUGGUGACUGAGGACACACCUAACCAUGACCCACACAGGGACUCAUUUCGCCAGUUUGCCCAAAAGGCACCCUACAACGCGGACAAGGUCCGCUUUGCUUACAUCUACCAUGGCAAGCAGUCGACUUUCAUCGCGUCGCUAGUCGCAGGCUACAAAUCUACCCGCGUCGAGCCGACGCUGCGCGUCGUCAUAUUUUGGCGCCGCGACACCUCUCACCUGAUGUACGAGUGGUUUGGCGCGCAAUGGGACGUUGCCGAUUCCCCACCCCCGAACCGCACCUCACUCCUCGACACGAUAUCGCGCCUCGUCAAGACAUCGGAGGCAUUCACCUACGAGGCGUACGUCACCGACCUGCUGGACGAGCACGCCACGGGCGCCAUCGCGCGUCUCAUCCGCAGAGUGUCCCAUUUCGUCGAAUCUAUCUAUGAUAGCCUCGACAAGGACCAGAUCCUGCCAGCCUUAUCCAUAGUAGGCACGAUGCUGUUCAUCCUAGCGGUUGGGUACCUCAUGGCGUACCUGGUGGCGAAGGAAGAGGAGCAAAUCAGACGCGAAAAGGAGCGGGCAAAAUCUGGUAACAACAACAAUGAUGAUGAAGGGCACGGGGGCGGGGCCGCCACCAUCACCAGUUACCAACCGGAAUUGAAGCUCCACGAACUAAGAUCGGAGAAGUACAACGCGCUGGUACGGUUGCUGAAACCCGGAUGCCGUACCCUCUUGCUGAUCGUAGACGCCGAAUCCAGACGUCAGCUGAUACCGCCAUAUCACAAAGCCGCGUGGCCGUAUCGUCGCAACAAAACGUUGAUGUUCGCCUACAUGUGCAUAGAGCGCGGACUCGCGUGGUACGCCGAGCUGUUGCAGUUGUCGUUGGGGGAGGAACGUGAGCUGAAAAUCAACCCGCGAAAUUGCGUGGGCACGGUGCUGGCACUGAACGGGCAUCGGAAGUACUUUUGCGUGUUUCACGCGAAGCACACGGAGAGCGGCAGUAGAAGGAGGCGAUCGAAAGCGGCGAAGAAAGGGGAGGACUGCGAGAGCGGUGCCGCAUUCAUCGGGUUCGACUCUGCAUCGUCGGGGUCCGAGUCGGAGGAAGUGCUGUUGCAAGGCAGCUUGCUCGACGGCCUGCCCAACUGGCUGGAUCGGUUGUUCGAGGGCAGCACACAGCGCUACCACAUCAAUUACUGGCCAGAGUUUCCGAUCAAGUAAUAUUGCUGCAAGGGAGUCUCGACGGCUCGCGUUUUUUAUUAGGUAUUUAUUUAUUUAUUUAUUGUUUUUUCAAUGGUAAAAAGAUGCGCACUGUUUGAGUUAGAGAAGCCGGUUUGAGUUAGAGAAGCCGGUUUGAGUUAGAGAAGCCGUGCGAUAUGAAUAAGAUAAGAAGCUGAACAAUACACUGAGCUUCGUAAUGUUACCUCUUUGGGAUUCAUUUAACAAACCCGGGAACUUGUAUAGAAGUGCAUAAGAAAGUAGAUGAAAUAAAUACAAUAAUCAUGUUUAUCGCAAAGUAAAAAAAAGAUGCACUUUUCUUUGUUUGUUGCGAGAGAACUGAAUAUUUUGAUGUGGCAUAACCAAAACCAGGAUAACCACUAACCCAGAAGAGUCUGAAGAGGUCAAAGAAUUUGGAGGUCGUCUGCGCAAGAGUCGGAAGACCGUCUUAAAUUUACUCAUAGUUGGAGGGUUUCAUUACUUUUUUUAGUAGUUCAAAUGCGCCCACGAGAUCGAAAAGCAAAAGUUUGCCUCGAGCUAAUCGCCUAUCACUGUCGACCUCGUGAUGUCGACAAUGAAAAGGGAGAAGGAAACGUGCCAUACUGCCCUAAAAGUCGACCGUAGUUACCCAACUUAGUAUUUUCAAUUUGUAAUUUUCACAAUUACCAAAUUUUUUCAUUAGGUACAGACGGCAGGUGUGCCAAAAGUGGUUAGUUUUCAUUUCUUUUCGUUUUUUUUUUUUUAAAUGACUGCAAAUAAUACAAAGAUGGAUAAUGGCGGCGUUAGAUUAAGUUUAGCGUUAAGUGCACUUUUCCCGUAAAACGUGACACCCGCUAUAUAUCUGACCGGACCCUAAAACGAUUUUAAAAAUGUUGUGAAAACAAAUGUUGCAGUUUUUUGAUACCUAUUUCAGAUUCUGUGACCUAUUAUAAUAAUAGCGGAUCGUUUUUAUAAAGUAGAAACCAAUGUAAUAGUAUAUGCAUACAGUGUUGUCCGAGACGGAUCUUUAAUUAUUAGAUUAAACUUCUAAAUGAAGUUCAAUCUUAAUUAUAUAAAGCGCCUUUUCCUAGAGAUCAAGAUAUGUAGUCAACCCACCACCAAGAUCUUACAAUUUUAAAGAUUCGAAUCGAAAAUUUUCGGUAUCGAUUCGGUCUGUACUAUGUAUUAAAGAAAUUAAUCAUUUCCAUUUUAAGAGACUUCGUUACUGGAACUUUAGAGGAACACAAAAUGCAAAUUUGCAGAAAAUAAAACGAGGGAAAUUCAUCCUCAAGAAGUGAUUUUGAGGAGCGCAGGACUGGUCUCUAGGAAUAGACGCUUCAUAGAAUUAAUAUAUAAAUUGUAUUCGCACCUUUUCUAAAAGAUCAAGAUGUCCAGAUGUUUCAGGUAAUUUUUCUGCAAAUAUCUUUUACUUUUAUUUCUGGAACAUAUAAGAACAAACCGUCUUAUUUUCAAAU